UGAGGAGGAGCUGUUUACGUUUAUGUCUUUGUUUUAGUAUAGUAUGAACUCUAGAAUGAAUCUUGUUGUAAUGACUAUGUUUAUGACAAUAUUAAUAUGAGUUUCACUCUGCUGAAAUGUGUGUUUAUAUUUAUUUUGAAUUUACAGAAACUCUAGUGGAUAAGCAGUUCCUUCAAGCAGCUCUUACACUUCUAGCUUAAAGUCUCCAAGAUACGAAAUGAUGAAUAGUAAGGACACGUUUAGGUUCUUAGUUGAAGAUGACGACAUGGAUUUGAUACUAGAUGAGGAGAAACACAUGUUUGCUCUUUUAGAAGAAACGUAUGGAGUGGCAGAAACAAAUACUAACAAACAGUUAGUGAGGACAAACCGAGGUGGAGGUUGGCGUCGAGUGCAACGUUUCAUGAACGAUUCCGAGGUACAGUGCUAUGAGAUUCUUCGCAUGAACCAAGCAACGUUUAAUAGCUUAUGUAAGAUACUAUCAGAGAAGUAUCAGCUAGAAGAGACUUGCCAUGUUUACUUAGAGGAGAGUGUAGCAAUGUUUUUAGAGAUGGUUGGACAAGAUUUAUCCGUACGGGCUUUAGCUGAGAGAUACCAACAUUCAUCUGACACAGUGAAUAGGAAGAUAGAUGAGGUUUUAAGUUCUUUGUUGAAACUUGCAGCAGACAUUGUGAAACCUGAAAGGGAUGAGUUUGCAAGUGCUAGUCCUAUUCUAGUAGAUGAUCCGCGAUAUUAUCCUUUUUUUAAGGAUUGCAUAGGUGCUUUAGAUGGAACUCAUGUGCCGGUUCGUCCUCCUUCUGAGAAUGCCGAUCCAUUCAGAGGUAGAAAAGGAGAACCAACUAUGAAUGUCUUAGCUAUAUGUAAUUUCAGCAUGAAAUUCAUAUAUGCUUAUGUUGGGGUUCCUGGGAGAGCACAUGAUACAAAAGUGUUGACAUAUUGUGCUAAGGAAGAAGCUUCUUUUCCUCAUCCUCCAGUUGGAAAGUAUUAUCUAGUAGACUCUGGAUACCCAACUAGAACUGGUUAUUUAGGACCUCACCGUAGAACUAGAUAUCACCUGGAUCAGUUUGUUAGAGGAGGACCACCGACAAACAGCAGAGAGUUAUUCAACCGAAAACAUUCUGGCUUGCGUUCGGUAAUUGAGAGAACAUUUGGAAUAUGGAAGGCUAAGUGGAGGAUUCUUGACAGGAAGCACCCUAAGUAUGAGCUGAAUAAAUGGGUGAAGAUUGUGACAGCAACAAUGGCUCUCCACAAUUUUAUAAGAGAUUCAAACCAUGAGGAUUGUGAUUUUUCACAUUGGGAAAGAGUGGAAGAAUAUGAACAUCAUGGGGAUGAAGAUGAUCAUGUUGCAUACGUACCAGCUGGAGAUAGAGUCAUGGAAGCUAUGCGAGAUUCCAUUACUGAAGAGAUGGCGAGAGGACGUCGACUUCCAUACUAGAUGUAAGUUGUUUGAUAAGUAAUUAUUUGAUGGUGUCUUUUGAAGCUCUCUCUCUUUGGGCUUUGUAAUGUGAAUUGAUGAUCCCUUUGUGGCAAAUGCUUAUUCUCGUUUUUUUACUUCUUCUUUGUGACUAGAAGCAAGCUGUGAAGAAGGAUUUGUUUCAGUUGUUUGCUGAGAAAGUUAGAGACCACAAGGGGUUGGAAUCAAGAUGGGCUGUUAUGGAGCUUACGUGUGGGUUUGUAAUUUUGUUUCCCUCUUCUUUCUAUUCACUUCUAGUAUGAGUUUGUAGUUUUGUUUCCUUUGGACCAAUUGAUAAUGCAAACUCAUUAUCCUUUUAUGUUUUUAUUUACCAUGAUCUAUUUAAAGUUUUUGAGACUAUCUUAUCUUUAUUUAUUUUUGAAAUUGGUUUUGAGUUAUCAAUAUAUCAAAACUAUUGUUGGAUUUUAGUGUGUUAAAAUUUAUCAUAUAUCAAACAAUUGUUAGACUUUUAUUUAAAUAUUUUAAUCAAAUUUGCAAAAUUAUAGUCAUUAUUUAUAAUUUCAUUGUCUUAUUUUCAUUAAAAUAAAUUUAUGAAUUUUAAAACAAGAAUUUUAAAAUUAUUUUUUGUAAUUGUAAUUUAGAUAAGAUAUUAAAAUUAACAGGAUUAAUAUAAAUAAUAAUCAUGAUUUAAGAGUAAGAUAUAGAUAAAUUAAAUACAUGUCCAUUUUAGUCAUUUUGUCAUCAACUGCAUUUGGAUGCAAAUGUAAGUUCAAAAAAAAUGAACAAACGAACGCAGCUGCAUCCGGAUGCUUCAUCUAGAUGCACUUUCCAAAUGUACAAACGAACAACACCCAGGUAGAGCAUCUGACUGAUCCAUCUGACUGAUCCAUCUGGAUGCACCUUCCAGAUGUACAAACGAACAGGGCCCGUGUUAUUUUUAUCCGAUGACAUACUGAUUUGCGAUUUUGCUAUGCAAAUAAAUACCUACUCUUAAGAAUGAUGAAUACUUUACACAUUAGAUAGGAGGGUUUUCAACCCUGUUUUAAAGAGAAAAAUAUAUACAAGUGUCACUUAUUGAAACAUUUUAUUCUGUAAAUAUUCAUUUGUAUUCUAAAACCAACCUAACAUUGGCAUUUUAACUAUUCUUUAGACGUUUUAAAAACAUACAUUUUCAGCCGCUAAAACAACAUCGCCUUCUUCUUUUUUAAGUUAUGACCAGUGGACGAGUUUGGGAGAAUAUUGGUCUUAGAUUACUUUUAGGCAUAAAGAAUCUCACAAUAAUUGAUCUUAUUAUCAUUAGGAACACCUAUUUUAAUCUAGUAAUCAUUGUUGUAGCCACUAAGGGGCAUCAUGACCAAAGGACAUUGUUGAUUAGCCACUGGCACUAAUUUAAUCACGUUAUUCUAAAUUUCAAAACCAAGCAUAUAAACAUGGGGUUUUUAAGAGAAAAUAUCUGGUUCAUACACGUUACAUGAUUAGUUGAUUACCAAUAAACUUUUUUUCUUUGAACCAAUAUAGUAUUUACAUAACAUCUUUUAUAAUUAAGAUUUGUUAGUGCGGAGAUUAGCUCAACUAUUACCCAUAGGUAUGAAUGAUGACUAAACCCAACACAUUCUUUUAAAUGACCAUGAUUCAAGUUAUUUCAAUACAUGUUAAUUGAUUUAUCCUGUUAGUUGAAAGACCAUGAUUCGAGUUAUUUCACCAUAAUGGUUGGCAAACAAUAAACACCUUUAAAUAGCAAGAACGUAUUUUUUUUCAUAGAUCCCAAUGAUUAGUGUAGAUUUCACCUUAGGAUUCUUUGAUUUUUUUUUAAUAAAAAAAAUUACGAGUACGUUAAAAUUUUGGUUGAUAGAAAAGCAUGUGAGACUAUCAUUCAACUAUGAUACUUUUAUUCAUAGUUGAUAUGCUACCAACCAAAAACUACAAAAAUGAUUACGAACUUACUUUUAACAAUUUUGAUUAAAAUAAGAAAAAACAAUUUGCAAUGGCAGAAAGCUAGAAGUUGCCAAAAGGCUAAAAAUAAACAAAACCUAAAGAGAAAGAGGAAGAGAAAAGCAACAUUUUAAACCAAAAGAAAACACACAUUAUCAAAAGCUAAAGCAUCCUCUUCAAGGUCGUUCCUAUAUAUCUAAUAAGAAGUAAACAAUAAGAAGAGAAAAUCAAGUUGAAACACACAAAGAAAGAGAUGAUCAGAGGAGGAGGAGGAAAGUCUUCAGGUUACUCUGCAGAUCUCAUGGUGUGUUUCCCAUCAAGAACACACUUGUCUUUACCUUCUAAAUCCAUUUGCAGCCCUUCUCACUCUCUAAGCCGCCGUCAAACCGCUCCUCAACACCGCCGCAGCUUCAGUAAGCUCUCCGGAAGCGGCGGCGUCCGCCAGAGUCGCGGAAGGGAGAUGGUGGAAGAACCCACGUCGCCGAAAGUCACGUGUGCCGGUCAGAUCAAAGUGCGGCCGAGCAAACGCGGAGGAGAAGGAGGGAAGAACUGGCAGUCGCUGAUGGCGGAGAUAGAGAAGAUACAUAGAAGCAAGUCGGAGAGCAAGUUCUUGGGGAUCAAGAAAGAUGUCAUGGGGUUCUUGACUUGUCUCCGUGACUUUGAUUUCCGGUGUUUCGGUGCGUUUCCUCCGGUAGAUGCAAUCUCCGACCAAGAAGACGAGGACGAAGAGGAAGAAGAAGACGAUGAAGAUGAAGAUGGAGGUCCAGCGAUGAGGACAUAUUCAGGGACAGUUUUCUCAAACUGGUUGACGUUCCUACACGAAAAGCAAAACAAUGAAGAGUGUACCGAAGCGGUUUCGGACAACGUGGAAACUGCGGUUCCGCCGCCAAACGCGUUGUUGCUGAUGCGGUGCAGAUCUGCGCCGGUUAAGAACUGGUUAGAGACAGAAGAGGAGAAGAAAAUAGAAUGUGAAGACGCUAGAAAACAGAGCGGAGAAGGUGAGAAGGAGACAGUGAGCAAGAAGAAGGAUCUGAGAUCGUUGAUGGAGGAGGAAGAGGAGGAGAAUGUGAAUAGGGUGGUGAUGGACUACGACACAAACUAUUACAAACUCUCUUCAGACAUAGCCAAGGAAACUUGGGUUGUAGGUGGAAUUCAAGAUUCUCUGUUUCGAAGUCGAAGCUGGAAUAAAUGAUCUUUGUUCUUCGAUCAUUGUUAAUCCCUUUGUAAAACUAAUACCUUUUUUUUUUACUUUCUUGUGAGUUAAGUUAUAAGUAAAAGCUUUUCUUAUAAUAAUAAAACAUCCAUGUGAAUAAA